CGGCGCAUUUACUGACGGAAAUGACGCUUAGAAAUGUUCAGCGUAGUGUCCGAAUUCUCGUUUGUUCGUUCCCUAUAUAGUGCAAUAUAUCAUGAACACUAUAUAGGGAAUAGUGAGGGAGUGAAUAGGGAACGAUUUCGAACACGGCUAGGGAACUAUUUCGUACAUAUUAUAUCGCGUUUCCGUACACAGCGGUGCGGUUUAUUUUGUAUUCCGCCGAAACACGAGUCCAUAGAACAGAGUUCCGAAUGGUAACACAAUGUUGUGGCGCCGACUAGAGACCUCUGAGCAGCUUGUUCGAGAGUUCCUCAGUACUGGAUCCGCAGUAAGAAGCUUGAUGAAGAACUGGGGUGUUGUCGGUGGUAUAGCUGCAGCAGUGGCUGCUGGAGCUUACAUUAUAUGGGGACCAAUCACAGGGCAAAAGAAGAAAAAGAGAGGGAUGGUUCCAGGUUUGUUGAACUUGGGCAAUACCUGCUUCAUGAAUUCAUUGCUCCAAGGUCUGGCAGCAUGUCCCUCCUUCAUACGCUGGCUGGAGAGCUUUUCACAAAGAACUGAGGGACAGUCCAGUCAAGACAAGCAGCUGUCCAGCAUGCUCCUGAACCUUCUCAAAGCCCUGUCCAGUGAUGAGCCUGGGGAGGAGAAUGUGCUUGAUGCUGGGUGCCUGUUGGAUGUCCUCAGAUUGUACAGGUGGCACAUCAACUCUUUUGAAGAGCAGGAUGCUCAUGAGCUUUUUCAUGUGCUCACGUCCUCUCUGGAAGAGGAAAGGGAUCGGCUGCCAAGAGUCUGUCAUUUGUUUGACAUUAAGUCCCUUAAGAGUAUCCCGGAGCAAGCUGACAAGACUCUGAGUUGCAGAAGUACAGCCACACUUCAUCCAAUCCUGAAUCCUUGGAAGUUUCAACAUCCUUUCCAUGGCCGUUUGACAAGCAAUAUGUCUUGCAAGCGCUGCAAGCAUCAGAGUCCAGUGCGGUACGACUCAUUUGAAAGCCUUUCCUUACCCAUUCCGUCUCCUCAGUGGGGGCGGCCCCUCUCACUCGAUCAAUGUCUUCAGUAUUUCAUCUCCUCUGAAACCAUCAAAGAGGUGGAGUGUGAAAACUGCACCAAGCUUCAACAGGGUCCCAGAGAAAAGGGUCAUGUUCUGGAAAACCAACGGACCACAUUUGUCAAACAGUUGAAACUGGGAAAGCUGCCACAGUGCCUGUGUAUUCACCUGCAGAGGCUCACCUGGUCCAAUGAAGGGACUCCCAUCAAGAGACAGGAACAUGUGCACUUCACAGAGUUCCUCUCCAUGGACCGCUACAAACACAAUGGAUCCUCAGUCCAGAGGAUGCAACGCACCAAAUGUCCCCCCAUAUCCGCCGACACGGAGACCCAACAGGACCUGGUUGACAAGCCAAUGCAAAAUGGCACCGACGGCAACCACCAUAACAACAACAAGCCCCUUGCCAAUGGAUCAAUGGCUUCAGUUCAUCAAUUCAUCCACUCCCCUGCCGUGAGAACACAGCUCAACUUCUCACAUGACUACAGACCGUCAGAGUACCUGUUCCAGCUCACCGCCGUGCUGGUGCACCAUGGAGACAUGCACACGGGACACUUCAUCACCUUCCGCCGCUGCCCCGCCCCGCACCCCCAAGGCCAACACCCCUCACAGUGGCUCUGGACAUCGGAUGACUCUGUACGCAAGGCCACCCUGCAGGAGGCACUCUCCUCCAAUGCUUACCUGAUUUUCUAUGAAAGGGUUCAACGGUCAAGCCGAGCUUUGCGGGCAGAGGUGUAGCCACCUUUCGUAUUUAUCGUACGCUCACUUGCGCCGCAAGCGAUCGUGAAGAUGGCUCCUUUCGGUUAAGCUCUGGAACAGGGCAAUCGCUGGUUAUUGCAAUAACUUUUUUGACUUGCCAUAAACGCACACCUUUGUUUGCUCUGCAUACUUAUUGUUCAAUCUGUUUAAGAGUGAACCUCCAUCCUUCUACUCUGCCAGGUCUGUUAUCUCCAUCAGAGAGGACUGGAAUGAUGAUGAUGAUGAUGAUGAUGAUGAUGAUUGAGAUAGGAAAACAAUGACCUAAAGGGAGUUGAUUGAGACCAAGCCUAUGGUCCUGAACCAAUUGAAAACACUUGCCAUUAGGACCUAACGGGACCUACUUGAUCCCCUAGAUGGUGAUUUUGCCCCUUUUCAUUAUUCUUAUGCUGUAAACUCGCCUCUCAACCCUGUUAAUUUAUUCAGUUCAAUAUUUUUGAAUAAACAUGACUGAUGAACUAAGGGUUGAAUCAUGACUUGAUAGAUUACAUUCAUUGCACAAAAAAUAAAGAACAGCGAAGGAUUGACACUUUUCUAUAUCUCAGACUAACUGCUAUACAAGUGUAGCGGUUGCGUACUCUCUCGUUGCGUUGUGUGAUUGAGACCACGAUGGAACCAUUGGCAGCCAGCCGUUUAUUCUGGUGGAAUAUUUAACAUGGGAAAUGCUCGUUGAGAACCCUCACAAUGGCAGCCACUCUCAGCCGGGGUAUACGUAGACUGACCAUUUACAUGAAAAUAAAUAUCACAUUAAACAAAUGACUCACAAAAUAUUUGAAUGGGCGUUUGGUGACAUACCUGGUGGAAUAUUUAACAUGGGAAAUGCUCGUUGAGAACCCUCACAAUGGCAGCCUAACAUGGGAGAAAGACAUGCUGAAGUACACUUUCUUGGCGAA